UUCACGAGGGUAGGAGCGAUUUUUAAAACGCGCUUUUCCGCCGUCGCCGAAUUGUUUUUCUGGGUUUUCCGCAAAAUGCCAUCGAACACAAAUCAGCCGGAAUGUCCGGUGAAACUGGUUCCAAAUACGCUCGGCAAGCAACUCGGACUCACGGUGUGUUGGGUUAAGGAGCAUCAGUUUGCGUCGCUCGCCUUUAGCAACGUGAAAAAUCACCAUGCCUCGCAGCGGAAACAACCGGCGCCGGGAGCCGGCAGCCGACCACCGGCGGUCGACAUACAGCAUUUCGAUGUAGAUCUGGUGCUGGAGGAACCGACGAUUCGUAGCAUGGUCAGCGAGUGUGGACGCCUGUUCUACCAACUGCAGCAGCUCCGCUACGGAUUGACCGGUCGGCAAACGCAAACGAUUGACUUCGUCGAUCAAUCGCUGCGCUAUCGAACGAUCGUACGACAAGCACUAGAAAAGCUGAAUCGCCUGCUGAAUGAAUUGAGCCAAACGGAAGCACAAGAGGAUCAUGCACCAUCGUAUCAUACACUAAAGUCGUACCAGGAUUUGGUCGCUCUGUUCUACAGCAUCGAAUGUACCUGGCAUCUGCUAGAGUUCCUGCUGCUAGACAGUAACAACUCGACCACCAUCGUGGCACCGCUUCUCGAGUGGAUACGCCACCAUUACCCCACACCAGCGCUGGAUGCUGCGGAGCUGUUGAGCAGUGGACGCCAGAUCGAUCUACCGGAAAACUAUUGGUCCGUGGUGAAGGCACUCAUCUUGCAGGGUCAAACGACGAUUGCAAGGGCCCUGUUGCGAUUGCAUGUUGCUGCGGAUACACAAUCGUUCAGUACGGUCGAUCAGUUGUUGCACUCGUUCCCGAUCUACACCGUGUACGGUGGACUAUCGGUGCACAAAUUCCGUUCGCAGUGGAACUGUUGGACUAGCAAUGUACGCACACUGCUCGCCACCGGUCACUUUGCCGAUGAACCCAACCUGGAGGAGCUGCUACGGUUAGUGACCGGAGAUCGGCAGGCCUGGAAGCAGCAGCUAUCUAGUAGCGGGGGCGCCUGGUACGAACACUUCCCGGGCUUUCUUCUUUACACCGAUUCGACCUGCAAGUACUACGAGCUGCCUGAGCACGUCAAUGAGUGGAUGGAACUGUUCCGAGAGGCACACUCUCUAUCGACCGGAACCUCGAAUAACACACUGCUGGACAACUUGGUUCUCGCCGUCAUGGAGAACGAUCUGAUCAAGCUUCUGCAUCAGAUACAGCAACUUCCCGAUAAUGGUUGGUUCGCCGUUCAUCUGGUCGAUCUGCUCUACCAUGCCGGCCAGCUCGACCUUGGCCGAUCGCGUCUGCCUGAUGAAGAUGCAACCGGUGAGGGUGCCUCGGUCGAGGACGGUCUCGUGGAUAACGGAAAGUUGAUGCGCGAAUCGCUGCUAUACGAGUUUGGUACGAUACUCAUGACGCACCGUACGCUGUGGCAGCUGGGCAUGGAUUAUCUAGAGUUUUCCAACACCCUGGGGUUGGGGGCCCGCGAAGUACUUCUCGGUCGCAUACCGCUGCGUAAUGAACGGGAAGCGUUGAAGGUGUUUGCCGUUGCUCGCAAGAACGGUUACCGAGGCAUUGCGACCGAGGUGUGCAAAGUGCAGAGCAGGCGCUACCUUGCCCUCAAACGGUACGGUUCGGCACUCGAUUGGGCCAACAAGUCCGGCGAUGGUGGGUGCAUCAGUGAGGUGGCCAACAUCUUCCUAGAGUAUUACUGCAACCACGGGGAGCUGCUGUGCGAGGAAACGAUCGCGAACCUGGACUCGGAAAUGUUUCUUUCUUCGCGGCUCAUGUUUCUCAAGAAGUAUCACGAUUUCCGGAAGUACUAUCGUGAUCAAGCGUAUGCCAGUGCGGCGGAACUGCUUGUUAGCCUGAUGGACUCGAAGAUUAUGCCGUCCUACUUUUGGCCCUGUCUUAUGUCCGAUGCCAUUCCACUGCUUGAGUUCAAGGAACCAAUUAUUCCGUCGAAAGAAACGCUCAUCAUACUGGAGCACCUGCAACUGGAUCUCGUACCGAUGCUGCAACGCAGGCAACAACAACGGAAAUCGGCUGAAACCUCCUCAGGGUCAAUGCCGGGACAGGAAGGCACUAACGCCUCGACAGCAUCGCAGGAUGUUGCGGAUGAGAUGGCACUGGUACCGAAGUUUGCUUCAAAUCUGCUGAAUAACUGCACGGAGGAUUUGAUUAAAAUGCUGCGACUCGCAUGUGCCAGAAAUCUCUCCCGUGCCCUAAUUAUCGAGAACACUAUCUCUACCUAAAGGGAGGGAUUCCAAGUUUGCUAUGUUUUUUUUUCAAUAAUUUUAAGUAUCCUUCCCCUUACUGUGGUUACAAUAAACACAUGUCAAGUACAAUGGAAGUGAA